AUGGCAAUCAUCCGUGUCGGUCUCAUCGGGUUGACGCCUGCCCAAGAAUUCGCCUCAACUAGAAGCUGGACUGCCCUAGGACAUCUACCUUCGCUCUUGCAAUCACCAAAUUAUGAGAUUGUGGCACUGGCAAACUCGAGUGUUGAGUCAGCGAAACGCUCCAUCGAAGCUCACAAUCUGCCGUCCACAACUAAGGCAUACGGAAGUCCUGAGGACAUCGCUGACGACCCAGAAAUAGACUUGAUUGUUGUUUCUGUUCGGGUCCAGAAACACUAUGAGCUUAUCAAACCGGCUCUUCUCAAGAAUAAGAAGGUCUUCGUCGAAUGGCCGCUAGGUGCUAAUUUAAAUGAAGUCGAGGAACUAACGCAGCUUGCAAACUCUCACGGCGUCCAGAAUGCUGUUGGAUUACAGGCACGCUCAUCUCCCUUGGUACAGAAGUUGAAAGAGCUGGUUACAAGUGAUCGCAUAGGUCGUGUGCUAAGCUCGACCGUUAUUGCUUCAUCCAGUAAUUUUCCGAUGGAGAUCUGGCCACAGGAUGCGAAGUAUUAUCUCGACAUGUCAAGCGGAGGAAACGAGUUCUACAUCUUUUUCGGGCACUUUCUGGACUCCUUCACGCACAUCCUGGGUGAUCUUUCCCAUGUGCAGUCCAUUUUGAAAUCACAAUAUAAGACUGUGCGCAUAGUGGGCACCGAAAACGAGACAAUUGACCCAGAAUAUGAGAAAACGGCUCCUGAUCAUAUUUUUGUUCAAGGCCUUCUUGAUGGUGGAGCUGUUGCAUCACUGUCUUUCCGCAAACCGGGGUCAACCGCUGAAGAGACGGGCAUUAGGUGGUACAUUUCCGGCACAAAGGGCGAAAUUCUACUCACUGGUCCAUCAUGGUGGCAAAUGUUAAACAAAGAGCCAGUGCUGCAAGUGAAAGUAGGAAAUGAGCCUGUACAUGUGAUCAACUUCCAGGAUGAAGCUGAAUCAGCGGUCCAAACAGGUCCAGCAAUGGCUACCAAUCUGGCCCUUCUGUAUGAGGCGUUUGCUGGGGGAGAUGUUUCUAGAUACGCUACUUUCGAAUCGGCUGCAAGAACUCAUCGGCUUUUGGAGAAAAUCAGACAGGCAGCUGUUUCGGAUACGUAA